GAUGAGCCCUAGCUAGACGGUGCUCAAAGAAAGCCGCCGCAAGCCAAACCCAACACAAAGCAGCAGCAACGCCGCCGUCCACCGGAGCCGCCACUUCUCUCCUCCCAGCGACCCCGUAGCCGUCCGGUCCGGCGGCGUGCCCUCCCUCCUCGCGAUUCGCCGCCGUCCGCCCCCCCUCGAGCGCCUAGCCCCGAAGUCGCGCCUAGCCCCUAGGGUUCCUUCGCCGCCGUCACAGGAGGAGGAGGGGAACACAUACAUCGCCAUGGCGGGUAGGCUCCUCGCGAAUCUGAUCGUCUUUGGCGGAAGCAUUGUCGGCAGGGCCGUGCUCCAGGCCUACCGCCAAGCCAUCGUCAAUGCGAACAAAACUGGAGCUGCCCAAGAAGCUAUAAAUGGUAUUAGACGGGCUAGCAAGGCCAUGACUGAGCAAGAAGCCCGGCAGAUACUUGGUAUCAGUGAAAAAUCGACUUGGGAGGAGAUUGUUCAGAAGUAUGACACGAUGUUUGAGAGGAAUGCGAAGAACGGAAGCUUCUAUCUCCAAUCAAAGGUUCAUCGUGCAAAAGAAUGUCUGGAACCUUUGUAUCAAAAGGCUGAUGCCCCAAACUGAGACUUCGUAGACGCCUAGCAUCCGGAUGGAGCACUAUGCUUAACUAAUCAAUUUGCCGAUGUGGCUAGAGAUGAUGAUUCUAUUUCGAGUUAUGUUGGUUGCGUCAGGUUGAUUGGUUGAACGGGACGCAGCUUUGCUCGACUCAGAAUAAUGUUUAACAAAGAUACAAGAUUUUGUCUGAUUCUCAUUGCCAUUUGCCAGCGCCUCAUUUAUGUCGUUGUAUAUGCCCAUUGGGUGUGAUGGAAUAUUUUUUUAAAAAAAAUAAAGGUUUAUAUCAUUUA